AGCUCGCCCAAGACGAACAUCUCCGAACCAUGCAGCCGCGACCAAGAAGAUCAACCCUAGAACAAGACAACAGAAUGGAAACAACAAAACACACGCACAAUUACCGACUGGAAAAGAAGACGAUGUAGAGAUUUUAUAUGACAGCAGGGACGACGACAUCCUAGAAGAAGAAGAUCCUAAAGAUCCUACGUACGUUCCCCCUCUCAAUCAUUAA